AUGCAAUAUUCAACACUUUUUGUCUCUUUCCUUUUCUCUACUGCUGUGGCAGCUCAGGGUUAUAAUGGAACCCUUACCGAGACACAGACAUGCAAAGAGAUGUUGAAGUUAAACGCCUUGGUUCAAUUGGCCAGCAAUCAAACCAAGGUCGAUGCUAUUACCGGAAAUAACGCAACAAGAGCUGCUUCUCUCCAGGCUAAAGCUUCCGCCGCUUCUGUGAAACUCACAGAGCUUCAAAGCAACACUACCCUCAUGGCCGACUGUGCUGUCAUCGAUUCAGCAAUCAUGACCAAUUCAACAUGCAACCAACAAUUUCUCCUCCAAAAAUUCGUCGACUUCGCCGCCAACCAAACACUCGUUACCGCCACCGUCAACAACGACAUGACCAAAGUCGCAGAAAUCGAACUCAAAGCCUCGGAUGCCGCGGAAAAACUUCAAACCUUACAAUCAAAUGCUACUUUACAAGCAGCGUGUCCUGCAGUCUUCAUGGCUGAUGAAUGUAAAAUGGUCGUUGCCCUUCAGAAAAUCGCGAAUCUGGGAAUGGAUGAUGAGAAGUUGAAUAAGAUUGCGAAGGGCAAUUCGACAAAGGAGGAUAAUAUUAAGGCGGCCGCUAGUGUCGCCGGUAUGCAGGUUAUGAUGUUGGAGGCGAAUGCGACGCUCAUGGCGGAGUGUCAGAGUAUGGGGAUUGAGGUUUCGAAUGCUGCGACCGAAAAAUCGACUUCUUCUUCUUCUUCUUCUUCAACCGCUGAAUCGACCGCGAGUAUUAAUAAGAUGAGUCUUACGGCACUCUUUAUGGGGGGUUUGGCUUUAGGCAUGGCUAUGUUGUAG